UUAGGUAAAUGCCUGUUUUUUCUAUUAUAAUUUAUCAACAAUAAACAAAAUGGAGAAAAUUCUUAGUCUCACAUUAACAGAGCUGGGUCAUGCCUACAGGAAAGACUUGGUCUCCGUAAAGCAGGUAGUUCAGCAAGUCAUGGCACAAAUGAGGGUCAUGGAGGACCUCAAUGCCAUCAUAACUGUCGCUCCUCACGCCAGAAUACGCGAUGCUUGUGACGCUGCACAAGAAAGACAAGACCGUCAUGAGAUGUUGGGACCUCUAGACGGCGUACCGGUGGUAGUGAAAGACAACUACUGCACAAGCUGGUGUAGAACGACCUGCGCCUCCAAUAUGCUAUCUAACUACACACCUCCUUACUCCGCCACCUUAGUUAACAGACUGGAGGCUGCUGGUGCUAUCAUCAUUGGUAAAAGCAACAUGGACGAGUUUGGCAUGGGAUCUGGUGGAACAAAUUCGGUCUUUGGAGCGACACGUAACUUGUUUCGUUCUGGCAAACCGUACAAACUCUGCGACUCCCAGCUCAGAUGUGACGGCCUGCCUGGCGGCGCGUGGGUGGCAAGCGGGGGAAGUUCUGGUGGCAGCGCCGUGGCGGUGGUGGCAGGCUUGGCUUACGGGGGUCUAGGGUCUGACACUGGUGGAUCAGUCCGCAACCCAGCAUCUGUGUGCGGUCUGGUAGGUCUGAAGCCCUCAUACGGGACGCUAUCCCGCCACGGUCUCGUGAGCCUCGCCAACAGCUUGGACUGUCCUGGAGUGCUGGCGCGUUCUUGCGCCGACUGCGCGGCUCUCAUGCACGUCCUGCUGCAGGGCGGUCCUGAUCACCAGGACAGCACGAACGUGUCCGUGGAGUGGGGCGGCGCCCCCCUACAAACAUGCAGCGUGCGUGGGCUGCGUGUAGGUGUGCCUGCGGAGUAUCACUGCGUGGGACUACACGCACAGGUCCUGCGUGCCUGGCGUCAAGUUGCUGACGUCCUCGCUCGAGCUGGAGCCCAGGUGGAGCCCGUGUCACUGCCUCAGAUGUGUAUAAGAGACAGAUCCUAUAUAAUGUUGUAUACCCUAAAAAAAAUUCCUAAAAUCAAUCCCAAAAUUCCUAAAAUCAUUUNUAAUGCUGCGGUGCUGCUAUACACGCGCUACACCGGAGUGCAGUACGGGACACGGGUCGCAUGCAGCCACUCCAUGGAAGCGCAGUUUGCGCUCACCAGAGCAGCGGGUCUCAGUCAGGUCGUCAGGGAGAGGAUCCUGGCCGGCAACUUCUUCCUGCUCAAACGUAACCGCGACCGCUACUUCCUACAAGCUAUGAAGGUACGGCGUUUGAUCAAAGAAGAUUUUGAUGCCGUAUGGCGGUCUGGAGUGGACGUUCUCCUCACCCCCACGACCCUCUUUCCCGCUCCCCGGCCUGAACUGUUCGUGGUGAAGAACUACAGUGAGCUGACGUACGUUCAAGACAUGUGUACCAGUCCUGCUAACCUGGCUGGACUCCCUGCCCUCUCCCUACCCGUUGGCUAUACAACAAACCAUCAGAAUAAUUCACCAGACCAUCACAUGCCUGAGUUAAGAUACGAGUCUGCACCCGUAACCGAGAUAAAUGAGAGUCAGUGUAAUUUGGCCGCUGCUGAUGUGGCUGGAGCAGAUCAUGGUAUCGAAGGGCUUCCAUUAUCCUUGCAGUUGAUAGCGCCUUACGGACAAGAUAAAAGAUUGCUUCAGAUCGGCAUGUGUUUGGAAGAACUCUUAAAUAUUCCUAAAUUAGUUUUACGAGAUCCUCUUUAGGUUACGAGACCCUGUGGCACUAACUAGUCGUUACCUACUCAAAGUUGAGACAUCGUGUAAACUACCUAUAAUAUACAUACCUACAUUUUCUGUAAUAAAGCCUACCAGAAAUUUCGAUGCAUAAUUUCGACUCUAACCUCAUAUAUCAAGUUCGCCAUUGACCCAUUCGUAUUUUACAUCGUAAAAGAUUGAGCAAAUACUUCUUGGGGCUGUGCAUAAAUCUUUUAUUUUUAGAAAGUUUUUUCUCGGCCUACAGUUCAAUAUUUCCCCAAAAAAUCUUUUAUACAUUUGUCACCAUUUGUUCCUGUGUUAGAAGAUUGGCGUCUCAAAAUCUAUCUAUAGUGCGGAAGUCAUGAGAUACUAAAGAACGUGGAGGAAA